AUGGACUGGAGCUUGGAGUUUAUAGGAUUGACACCUCGAAAUGCAUUUGAUGAAACUCCACUCCAUCGUGCUGCCGCCGGAGACAGCGUAGGUGCUAUUCGAGCUCUGGCUACUCGCAGCUACUACUGUUACGUGGACAACGGAGAUCAGUACGGUCGAACUCCUCUCUGGCACGCGGCUGCUGCUGGCGCUCUCAAGGCUAUUACGGCCCUAAUUCGAUUGGGUGCAUCUGUCGACUUGACGGAUGACUUGGGAAGGAGUCCGCUGCACGCAGCCUCUAGAGGAGGACACCAUGAAGCCGUCUCCCUGCUUCUCGAAAUGGGCGCA